UUUCAAAUUUUUGAAAGGAAAGGAAAAAGAUUAAAGCAUCGGUGUUGUGACGAGGAAAAAUGAGAAUCUUCAGAAGAGGAUGGUACACAGUUCACGCGAUAUUCUGCGUGCAUUUCACAGUUACGAUUGCUCGAGCUGACAAUCUACAUCCAGAUAAUUGGAAAAUAGACGAGACAAAGAAAGCUUUCACGGAAAUAGUUGAUGAUGAACCAUCCGUUGAAAUGAACUUCCAGAAGAAACUGAUUCCCAUAAAGGAACCUCGAAAAAAUCUUGGAAUAUUUGCACUGCCUUUGGAACCGGAUGCUGAAAUGUUGCCCCUCUAUUAUACGAGUGUCAAACCUCCUGGAGUCGAUCAUAUGGAACUGAAAUACGCCGAAUCCCAAGUUUCUCAAGUUUUGCCUAAAGUCGAAAAGGCUGAUGAUACUAAACAAGUGGCCAAGAAGUCGAAAAGUAGAGAGGGUAACGAAGAAGGAUAUCGUGAAGUAUCUUCGUUUGAGAAGGGCCAGAAAGGGGAUAGUUUGAGGAAGAAGAAGAGGACUCAGCGCGUUGAAACUGGUGGAAAGAAAAAGGUUCAGCAUAAUCGAGGAAACAAUUCGGGGCAAAAAACAAAACGGAUUAAAGGUAAGAAAGGAGGUAAUUAUCAGGUGAAAAGCAAUGAUCACGUGAAUCGUAAAGCGACUGGUUACUUAAACGUUUAUCACAAAGACGAAUACAAGAGAGAUCAUGAUUUUUACGACAACGAUGAUCAGGGAGGUCAUUCGAAGAAACAUGGACGAUAUAACGAGAAGCAUGUUGCCAUCGAGGGUAGAUACAAGAAGGGUGGUGCUCACGAUUCUGAUGAUGUCGAUGAAGCGAAACAUCAGAAGCAGAGGAACUCCCAGGCGAGUGGUGAAACCAGAGAUUAUGAGAUUCAUGGAUAGAUUCUUUAAAAACUUUUAGGGAUUCAGAAAGCAGAGAAACAAAAAUCGAUCAGAUGAAAAUGUGUUAAUUUUUAUGUAAGUAAUUUGGCA